UCUUUGUUUUUAAGUUCGUGUGGCUGAAUCCAUUCAGCUGUCAGUGUGAGGCAGCAGCAUUAGAGUCAGUACACUCUGAAUGUGCCACUCGGUACAGACGGGCGAUUCCUCAUCUCUCUUUCUCUCUUCAGGUCAGAAUGGUAAAAUAACAAGGGUGAAGGCGGAGAAAUCAGCAUUUGCGGCGUAAAUGGGAGCCUGUUAUUACAGCCAAGUUUAGUUUCCACUAGAGUUCAGCACUCUAGAAACACGCUUGUAAGUGCAUAUUUGAAAAUGAAAGUGAAGCGAUCGGAGAUGUGGCGAGCCGCUGUCCUGCUGCUGAUAACCGGCUGCGUGUGCGCGAGUGUUCCCGAGGAGCCCGCGGACAGAGCGGCUCCAUCUGACGGCUAUUGCAGCUGGAUAACGCGGGCUCAGCCUCACGGAGCUGGAGGCAGGAGGGAGGGCUUCAGUGAGUUCAGACUGCGAGUGGAAGGAGACCCGGAGCAUUAUCAACCCGGCAGCACUUAUCGAGUAUCCCUGUAUGCAACCAACCCUGCAUACUUCAGAGGCUUUACUCUUAUAGCUCUGAAGGAAGGGCACAAUGGUGACCAAGAGGAGGAUUAUGCUGGAAAUUUCCAGAUAAUCGAUGAGGAAGACACACAGUUUAUGACAAACUGUCCUCCAGCAGUGACAGAAAGCACCCCACGCAGGAGGACCAGGAUACAGGUGUUCUGGACAGCGCCCCCAUCAGGCAGUGGCUGUGUACUGUUGAAAGCUAGUAUUGUUCAGAGGAAGAUCAUCUCAUUUCAGGAUGAAGGCUCGCUCACGAAGCGGAUGUGUGAGAAAGAGCCACUUUAUGGAGAAACCACAGACAAACCCCUGCUGGACUGCUGUGCCUGUGGAACUGCCAAAUACAGAGUCACCUUCUACGGGAACUGGUCAGAGAAAUUGCACCCAAAAGACUACCCAAGAAGAGCCAAUCACUGGUCAGCCCUCAUUGGAGCUUCCCAUUCGAAGAACUAUAUAUUGUGGGAGUAUGGAGGUUAUGCCAGUGAUGGGGUCAAACAGGUCGCUGAACUGGGCUCACCGGUCAAGAUGGAGGAGGAGAUCCGACAAAAGGUAAGAAUGCAGAGUUAUUGAGUAACCAAACUGUUCAUUUAUUCGGUCAUCGAAUGGUUAUCCAGAGUCAGUCAUGAUGUGAAAUCUGAUAUUCUGCUGCAGUUGUUUUAGGUGUUUUGUGGAGUUUUUUUCUGUUCAUGGAAUUGCCAACAGUUCCUCUGUGAAUGAAUGUUUUUGCGUUGUGCAGUACAUAUUAAAAGUAUUAUGAGAUCUUAAAGUUCACCAGUGUGUUCAUAAUUCUGUCAGGAUUGUUUUUUUUGAAUCUAGGAUUAAUGUCUUUCCACGAAUUUAAUGUCCCCAUGUAUUCUCAGACAGACUCAACUUGCAAACCUGAAGUUGCAAACAAAAGUGCUUUAAUCAUAAGUCACCUGAAUGAAAGGAGUGUUGGCAUUUUUUCUCUUUGUCCUAGAAGAACUUUGAUAAGAAUAAUAAUAGGAAUUAGAAGCCGUGUCUAUGGAGGUGCAAUGAUAAAAUAGAGCUGAAAAGGAAUCGGGAUGAUCAUUACAUUAGCUCUCCAGUUGAGCAUUAUAAUUACCUGCUGUUGAGGUCGUUUUGUGAGGAGCAUCGAGAAAAGACCUUUGCAACUGACAAGCUCUCUGCCUAUUCUCUAAGUUCAGUAGAGCAUGCAGAUGCUCUUGGAGAUCCGUGAAAAGCUCAGAUGUUUGGUUACCGGUAUGCACAAUGCAUUUCCAUUUGCAAGAUCAGCUGAGAAUUGACAUGGAAAGGAUAGAAGAUAAGAGGAUAAAGGAGAUGAUUGAACUUAGUUCUGUUUCAAUAAUCAUGCCUCUUGCACUCCCAUUUGUUAUCUCUCUUAUAGUAGUGAAGGUACAAGAGUGUACUAUAGCAGUUUGAUAGUGAUUUUGAAUUUAUUUAUUAGGAUUAACCCCUUGAGAUGUAACAUCUUGUGUAUUUUAGGGGGUCCCAAAAUACAAUGUAUCACAAUCACAACAAAAUAACAUAAAACAAAACAAAACACAAAUUAACAAU